AUGAUCCUGCCCGUGGGUGCCGCUUCCUUCAAGGAGGCGAUGAUCGUCGGCGCGGAGGUCUACCACAACUUGAAGGCGGUGAUCAAGAAGAAGUACGGCCAGGAUGCGUGCAACGUGGGCGAUGAAGGCGGCUUCGCCCCCAACGUGCAGGACAACAACGAGGCGCUGGAUGUGCUGAUGGAGGCCAUCAAGAAGUCUGGCCACGAAGGCAAGGUGAAGAUUGGCACCGACGUGAAGUCCGUGCCGCAGCUCAUUGAGUACUACAAGAGCUGGUUGUCGAAGUACCCCUUUGUCUCCAUCGAGGCCAGCAGGGCGCCCUCUCUAGGACUCGAAGCUAAGCCUUCUGUUUUUGGGUGA